UCACCAUCAAAGUCCAAAUCCUACAAUAAGUUCAAGUUUUUGGGUGAAAGAAGAAGAAGAAGAAGAAGAGAACAAAGAUGCAGUCCAUGAAGGAAGGCGCCGCUAACGCUGCAGCCUCUGCGAAGGCUGGCAUGGAGAAGACCAAAGCCUCCAUCCAAGAGAAGGGGGAGAAGAUGACAGCACAUGAUCCAAUGGAGAAGGAAAUGGCAACUGAAAAGAAGGAAGAGAGGAAGGCAGAGGCAGAAUUAAGGAAACAGGAGGCGCGUGAAGAGAACGCAGCAGCCAAGCAGGCAGCCAGGGCUGGUGGCCAUACAACCUACACGACGGGUGCUCCCGGAGCUGCUUAUGGCGGCGCCACCGGUCACGACCCCCGUGUUUAGAUGGCAGUAGGGCACUGUCUGGUGGUGGAAUGGGUCAAUCAGUUGUUGAUUCACUGUGCUUUUGUAUUCUCCUUUUCCUUUUUGGUGGGUUAGUAUGAGUAAAAAAAUAAAUUAAAAAAAAAAAAAAAACUGUGGUGAUGUAAUUUUCUUUUGUUGUGGAGACUUUUUUUUAGCAGUUGAAUAAAAGUUGUCUUUUUCCCCA